UCUAAUCCUAAAAUUCUACGAGCGACCUCGAGAAAUUUUCAAAUUCAGGUGGCAAUAAAAAAAAAAAAAAAACUACACGAAAUCUACUGUACCCAUUUUUACCAAUUUUACCCAACAUCCCGAAGUGAUUCUACACUACGAUGUCCCCUAAUAAAAUUCACUCAACUGCAGAGAGGCUGAGUAUAAUGACCUAAAAAUACCUACUUUUGGCGUGACGAUUAUAAUCCAAGUAACUCUACAGACCACGAUGAUGAAAACAAUUAUCUUCUAUGCUGGUCCACAGGAGUUAAAAUUCAAUUAAGUAAAUGAUGAAGUAUCGCUUUCGAUUUACCGUCAAAAUUGAUGAAUAAUGAAUGAAUUUUGUUAACUCCGUCUUGAUACGAAUACUCAAAGUAGCAAAACAUUGGCGAUUGAUCAGUUUUCGAGCUUUUCAAGUAUAGUCUACAAAAUUUGAAAACACUUUCGAUCAUUUGAAGUAAAAUAUGAUGGAUUUUAUGAAAUAAUAAAUGCAAAAACGAAAAAUGAUCGAAGCCAAAAUGCAACUUUGCAAAGCUUCUCGAUUUAUCCGCCAAACAUUGGAUGACAUCACGUGGUACAGGAUCCGUAAAAUAUUGACGCUUCAUCUUUCUUCCCAAUUACUUUGUCCGUGACAACUUGAAAAAAAAUGUUUUGAUGAGAGGUUAAGAAACAUUGAAGUGACUUCAAGUAAUUGAAUAAAUAUGUAAAUAUUGUAGAUUUAAAGUGCAUAAUCCUUCUAAUAUCUAAUAUGUGUAAAAUUCUGGGGCUCACUCAUUUCCAUCAGUAGGAAUCUUCGGCAAAGAAAAUUUUUUCCCACCGCAACUGAAGGUUACCGUAAUAACAACAUAGUCAUUCAAAUUGAAUUUGCCUAGAAGUGUGUUUCGAAACCCUUCGAAGCUGUACGAAACCUUUGGCGAUAAGUAUUGUAAUUGAUUGGUGGAUGAAAUCUCGACGCUUUCACCGAAUAUUGACUCCAAAAAACUCUGUACAAACUCAUCGAUAAAGUCCGCAAUUCGUCAUGUCUGCAACACCAAAGCAAUUAUCAAACCUGCUUGAUAUUCUGGACGAGGAGAACCUGGAUACCAGUUUAGAAUCACUAUCUAAUCAGUUACACCAGGCGUUUGCAAAGGAGGAUCUCUUCAAAGUCGGAACAACCCUGUUGCUGCUUCUUCAGCACAUUGAUCUCCUGCCAAACAAUGUUCAGCGAAUAAUGGCGCUCGCUCUUCUCUACGACCUUUAUCGAGGCGAGCAACUGGCGUCCACGCCGUUUGCCACAGUGUUCAUCCAGGUAUUGAAGCCCUCGGAUGAGAGUGCUUCAGGUUCGGUGUCUCGGCCAAACUUCUCUGGACACAUCCCGGCGCUCUCCAGAUGCGAGAAGAACCUGCUUAGCCACCUACUCGGCUAUGGAGCCAAAGAGACGAUGAAAAAAACAGCGAGACAAAUCAUAGAAGAGAUGUCUCACUCGGCUACUCCUCUCGUCGAUCUCACUAGUCUGCAGCUUCAACUAGCCGAAAGGCUGUCGGAACUACCAAGUGUAAGCAAAUGUGGAAAUCCAGUAAUCCUCCCGGAUAUGGACCGCUCGAAAGCUGGCGAGAUAGACAAGAAAGUUGGCAGAGCUAUAGCGGAGAGUCUUGUGAUCGGCGAGCCACCUCUUUGUAGCCAAAGCUAUCGGCCAGAAUUCCUGAGGCUCACACCACCGUUGUAUCACUCCGCAGAUGAACUUGCAUGGAUGAACGUUGAGGAGCCGAGCCAGUUCACGGUUGAGUACGAUUCUUCCAUGUGUGUGUCUAAUUGUGCAGGGGCCGAGGCACGCAGGCUGAUGGGCAGAGCGUAUAAGAGCGCCUUGACGCUCCAGCAGCAACAGCACUUGCUUAUGGAGCUAGACGCUGACCCAAAACUCGUUUAUCACAUCGGUUUGACCCCCGUAAAGCUUCCGGACUUGGUUGAAAACAAUCCGCUAAUAGCUAUUGAAGUCCUGCUGAAGCUUAUGCAGUCCAGCCAAAUAACAGAGUACUUCAGCGUGCUGGUUAAUAUGGAGAUGUCCUUGCAUUCGAUGGAAGUUGUGAAUAGAUUGACAACCACAGUCGAUCUACCAACAGAGUUUGUUCACCUUUACAUCAGUAAUUGCAUAUCGACUUGCGAAACCAUCAAAGAUCGAUAUAUGCAAAAUCGUUUAGUCCGUCUGGUUUGCGUGUUCCUUCAGUCUCUAAUCAGAAACAAGAUAAUCAAUGUUCAAGAACUUUUCAUCGAAGUACAAGCCUUUUGCAUCGAAUUUAGCAGGAUUAGAGAAGCUGCUGCGCUCUUCCGGCUGCUUAAACAACUUGAAUCUGGUGAUAUCGGUGGGCUCAAUACCCCGCCGGCUAAGAGUAAGAUCGAUCCUUGCUGAAAAGAGUUAUUGCAAGUAAUGGAAAACUUGGAUUGUAAUCAAUAGUUAAGAAAUGGAUCAUCGUGGUAUUGCGCUUGGAAAGUUGAGAUGCUUCAGUUGGUAUACUCUUCAUGGAAAUAUUGAACCAAAUCUUCUGGGCCGCAUAGAUUCGAAUUUUUUUUUAACAUUCAAUAAUAAUAAGUAUUGACUGAUCAGGAAAUAUUCUGUUACUCAAUCGAUUUUUUAGCAGAAGAACUAGGUAAUGAGUUUUUU